AUGGCUCCAGACACUGUUUCAUCUGUCGUUGCUUUAUCUAACAUUUCUUCUUCAAUGACGGCAUCUUCUGAACAAACUUUAAGAAAUUAUUAUCGCACAAAAGUUGCUGAUUUACAACAAGUUCACGCUGAAAAAAUUCAAAAUGUACGUAGACUUCAGGCUCAAAGAAAUGAACUUAAUCGUAAAGUGAGGAUGCUUAAAGAAGAAUUACAACAGCUUCAUGAACAAGGUAGUUAUGUUGGUGAAGUAGUCAAAGUUAUGGAUAAACAAAAGGUUCUUGUCAAAGUUCAUCCAGAAGGAAAGUAUGUUGUUGAUAUAGAUCCUUCAAUUGAGAUUACUAAAUUAAGUACCGGAGCCAGAGUUGCUUUGAGAGCUGAUAGUUAUACAUUACACAAACUUUUACCAAAAAAAAUUGAUCCACUUGUAAGUUUGAUGAUGGUAGAAAAAGUUCCUGACUCUACUUAUGAAAUGGUUGGUGGUCUUGAUAAACAAAUCAAAGAAAUUAAAGAAGUAAUUGAAUUACCAAUUAAGCAUCCUGAACUUUUUGAAGCUCUUGGAAUUGCUCAACCAAAAGGAGUACUUUUAUAUGGACCACCAGGUACUGGUAAGACUUUACUAGCUAGGGCUGUAGCUCAUCAUACAGAAUGUACAUUCAUUCGUGUAUCUGGUUCUGAAUUAGUUCAAAAGUUUAUUGGAGAAGGAGCUCGUAUGGUUCGUGAACUUUUCGUUAUGGCAAGAGAACAUGCUCCAUCAAUCAUUUUUAUGGAUGAAAUUGAUUCAAUUGGUUCAUCUAGAAUGGAAGGUGGUAGUAGUGGUGGUGAUUCUGAAGUACAAAGAACUAUGCUUGAAUUACUUAAUCAACUUGAUGGAUUUGAAGCAACUAAAAAUAUUAAAAUUAUAAUGGCUACAAAUAGGAUAGAUAUUCUUGAUCCAGCUCUUCUUCGUCCUGGUCGCAUUGAUAGAAAAAUUGAAUUCCCUGCACCUGAUGAGAAAGCUCGUAUUGACAUUUUAAAGAUUCAUUCACGUAAGAUGAAUUUAAUGCGUGGUAUUGAUAUGAGAAAAAUUGCUGAAUCAAUUCCAGGAGCUUCUGGUGCUGAAGUUAAAGCUGUUUGUACUGAAGCUGGUAUGUUUGCUCUUCGUGAAAGACGUGUUCAUGUUACACAAGAAGAUUUCGAAAUGGCUGUUGGAAAAGUUAUGCAGAAAGAUAAUGAAAAGAAUAUGUCUAUUAAGAAAUUAUGGAAAUGA